GCAAGAUCAUCGGAGGCUCUAAUCCGCAGUUCUCUACACAUUUUCCUAUAGAAUGCUUCACAAUCGCCCAAACCCACGGUCCGGGCUGCCAUCUUUAAAUUGAAUCUAGCCCGUGCCUGGGUAAUCUCCAUAAUAAACCCCUACCCCGUACAGCUUUCCCCAGAUAGGGUGUCAAUGGCACGAUGGAGGGUUACGAAUGUAUGGCAGAAGCCUAUAUGUAUACCUACUUACCUAUCAUUAACCCCCAAGAUCCAAAACCCGGUUCACCGUCUCUUUCGCCCAAACAACUAACUCCCCCAAGCCUCCCAAGAUGAAAGCCUCCCUCAUCUCAACGCUGGUCACAGCCGCCAGCGCAGCGGUCCUCUGGGACGGACGCUUUAACGACCUCAGCACAGCAGCGGACCUCAACAAAUGGUCGUGGGGAAACCAAGUCGGGCCGUACCAGUACUACAUCCACGGCUCGGGGUCGGUGGAGAAAUACAUCAGUCUAUCGUCGUCGUACAAGAACCCAGCAGACACGGCGUCAAAGCAAGGCGCCAAGUUCACGCUCGACAGCACGGCGUUCUGGAACGGCCAGAAUAUGCGCCGGAUCGAGCUCAUCCCGCAGACGAAGGCCGCGAUUAAUUCCGGCAAGGUGUUUUACCAUUUCAGUAUUUCGCGGACCGAGGCGAAUGCCCCGUCGAAGAAUCGAGAACAUCAGAUUUGCUUCUUUGAGAGCCAUUUUACCGAGCUGAAGUAUGGCUGGAUUUCGGGGGAGAGUAGGACGGAGAAUCCGAAUUUGCAGUUCAUGGUCUCCCAGAACUCAAAGUGGAAGACGGAGUGGAAAGCCAACGUCUGGCACAACGUCGCCUUCGAGAUCGAUUUCAGCGCCGGCACAGUCGGUUUCUGGCACUCGGAGGCCGGCGACCCGCUGACGCAGGUCGUUGCGCCGGCUAAGACUUCGACUUCGUCGAAUGGUGCGGACUGGCAUUUAGGUGUUCUCGAACUGCCGCGCUCUGGCUACUCUGACGGUGUGGAGGAUUUCUACUUCUCGGGCGUUUAUGUCGAGAGUGGGGCUAUUACUACUGCUAUUGGCGGUCCUGCAACGUAAACCCGAGUAUACCUAAGUACGAUGAAACGAGGAUAUAUUUGCAUGGUGGGCAAUGUUACGGGUUUUAUUCUUGUAACUAGCAUAGUUCAGUCUUGUAUAUACGAACAACCCAUCCAAAUCCCCCGUUUCCUCUUUUGAGAA